GAUGUAAACAUUCCCAGUCAAAAAGUAGAACAAAAAUUUGUUACAUGUACAUGCAUACUGUCCUAGAAAUCAAGCAAUUAGUACAGUUAGCGUGAGAUAUAUCAGAAACGAUCAGUGCAUUUUGAUUCACGAUGAGUGCUUCUAAACGAGUUGCAGUCGUCACUGGCGCCAACAAAGGGAUAGGAUAUGCUAUUGUUAGAGGGCUUUGCAAACAGUUUGACGGGGAUGUCAUUCUGACAGGAAGAAGUGAAAGUAGGGGACAGGAAGCCAUUAAACAAUUAAAUGGUGAAGGGUUGAAGCCUUUGUUUCACCAACUAGACCUUGAUGAUGUUGCCAGUAUCGACAGAUUAAAAACAUUCCUACAGACAACAUACUCUGGUCUUGAUAUACUUGUCAACAAUGCUGGAAUAGCCUUCAAGAUGGCAGCCACUGAACCAUUUGCUGUACAAGCUGAGAUCACCGUAGCAACCAAUUUCUGGGGUACUUUGAAUGUUUGCAAGAAACUCUUCCCACUUCUAAGACCACAUGCCAGGGUGGUAAAUGUAUCAAGUGGAGCCAGCAAUAUGGCAGCCAAAAAAUGUAGCUCUGCUCUGAAUGCCAAGUUUCUCACUCCUGAUCUGGAUGUAGCGAAGGUGGAACAAAUGAUGACGGAGUUUGUCAAUUCAGCUAAAGACGGUACAUUCCAGAAGAAAGGAUGGUGUGAGUCAGCAUAUGGCUGUUCUAAGAUUGGUGUUACCCUGCUUAGUUUUGCCCAGCAGAAAGAGUUCGAUAACGAUUCUCGUCCUGACAUUAUUGUUAAUGCUUGUUGUCCUGGUUAUGUGGAUACAGACAUGAGCAGUCACAAAGGAACAAGAACUAUUGAUGAAGGAGCAGAUACACCAAUCUACCUGUCACUGCUACCAGAGAAUGCUUCAAGCCCUAAAGGAAAGUUUCUGAGAGACAGAAAGGUCCUAUCCUGGCCUUGACUAACUGGACAUCUCUAGAACACCAGCAUUAUUUUAAACGAUAGUCUCUAGAAAUAAAAUAUUAGCUGCUUAAAUGCUUUUCUUAUGAACUAAAAGACUAUUUUGGUUGUGUACAAUAUUUUAAGAAUGUGGACUUAGAUGGCUAAUUUUUUUGAAAACGUCAUAAUUAUUUUGUUUAUUGUUAAUUUUUAAGGCAUUUGUCAAUUUUGAAAAUCUCUUAAUGACCUCAAUUGCAGAACCUGCCAUUUUGACAUAAUAAAUAUUAAAUUAACUAUGUACAUGUAUCAUUUGUUGUAAUAUACAUGUAUUUAUACAUGUACUUCACAUUUGCAACAUCAUAUCUCAUUGGAUAAUCAUGACUUUUAUAUAAAUUUUACACAUGGCUACUGUCAAUUAAUGAUGUAAUACAAUUUUUCUUUUUUUUUAAAUAAAGGAAAUUUGCUGUAUUAUAAAUUCUCUUUCAGAUUUUUUUUACCAGGUUGUGAACAAUAUUUUAUAUAUUUUAAAAAUUCUUUAUAUACAUUUACAUUUGUGUGUAAGUGUAUUCUGAUUUCAGAUGUAUACAUGUUUAUUAUAUUCUUCACAUGAAAGUAAAGAAAAGAGUGAGCAAGGGUACCAUUUCAAUAUAAAUCGGGUACUUUUCAGAUUUUUCCUGCAAAUUGACAUCGAAGUACUUACAGGUUUUUGUUGAAUAUAAUGUUAAAUAUAUUGCUGCUACAGUUGCUUUUGAAUCAAAAUAAAAUAUUGCAAAGA